AUGUCGAUUGUCUCAUUGCUAGGUAUCAAUGUGUUAAAUAACCCUGCGAAGUUCGCAGACCCUUACGAGUUUGAGAUCACCUUUGAAUGUUUAGAGCCCUUGAAAAAAGAUUUGGAAUGGAAACUUACUUAUGUUGGAUCGUCUCGUAGUUUGGAUCAUGACCAGGAGCUUGAUUCCAUUCUAGUAGGCCCCGUGCCCGUGGGUGUGAACAAAUUUUUGUUCACGGCCGACCCACCAUCGCCCGAGCUCAUCCCAGCAAGUGAAUUGGUUAGCGUAACGGUGAUUCUUUUGAGUUGUUCGUAUGACGGACGAGAGUUUGUCCGUGUUGGAUACUAUGUGAAUAACGAAUACGACAACGAAGAGCUCAGAGAAAACCCUCCAGCCAAAGUCCAGGUUGACCAAGUGGUUAGGAACAUCCUGGCCGAAAAGCCACGAGUGACGAGAUUUAAUAUCAUUUGGGACAAUGAACAGGGCGAAGAAUACCCACCAGAGCAGCCUGAAGUGGAGGCUGAAGAUGUGGACGACGAAGAAGCAGAAGACGAAGAAGUAGAAGAGGAUGAAGACGAAGAUGACGAUAUAGAAGUGGAAGUGGAAGAAGAAGCCGAGCAAGACGAUGACACCAAUAUUGCUGAAAAAACCAAGGGAGACGAUAAAAGUUCACACGAGGCUGAUUUCAAGGAUCCAGAAGAACCGGAAAACAAGAAGCGCAAGCUCAAAGAGGCCGAAGAACCACAAGCCGAAGAGAUCGAUCUGGAAAACGACGAGGACGAUGAAGAAAUCGAUUUGAUUGAAGAAGAGGAAGUGGACGACGACGAAGAUGGAAAAGAAGAAGAAGCCGAUAAGGAAGCUACUGUUGAAACAGUUCCAACUCCACAAGAUACUUCAACUGCGAGUGCCUCCGAACCGGAACCGUAA